AUGGCUGUUGGAAAAGAGAUAUUUAGAGAUAAAGUGAUGGAAGUUCUUAUUUUGUUGCAAGGAACUCAAAUGGAAACCAUUGAUCCCACCACAAGUUACAUGCUUCAAGUGUUGAUGUUGGGAGUACACCUUUGCUUUUCAGGGGAGACUGCAACUCCUACACCUACUCCAGCUUGGUUAACUGAUUCAGGAAAGAUUGCAAGGCAUACUUCCUUAAGGGCUGAUUUUCCUCAACUUGCAAAUCAAGGGAGUUGGGCUAAGAACACUCAUGGAAAAGAAACUUCUGGUAGGGCUAUGUGUCGACAGAAGUUUGGGAGUGGAAGACCUGUUGAAGCUUCUCUUUCAUCAUCUCCUUCAUUGAAGGGGAAAAGAGAUGUUAUGGCUAAACAUUCAGGAGGGGUGGUUCCGUCCAAAGGUUUUUCACAGUUUAUCAUGUUGCUUUGCAUGCUUGUGCAGAUCUUAAAGAUGUUCAGCUUUGAUGUUUACUCAAGACUUAAAGGUGUGCUUUCCCAAGUUCUUCCUAUUUUAGGGAAUGUUAAAGAUCAACAUCGACCAAUUUUUGCAAAUGCUUUCAGGUGCUGGUGUCAAGCUUGUUGGCAAUACAGUGUGGAGUACCCUCUUUCAUCAAUUCUUGAUAGUGAUGUCACUAAUAAUCCUUCUGAGGGGGUGUUUGUUGGGCUGCUUCUUUCAAUGUCAUUAACAACAGUGGUUUUGAAGUUUUUGAUGGAAAAGAAUAGUGUUAAUGCUCUUCAUAGAAAAGUAUGUUGGUAUUUUAGGAAAUUUGGCUAA